AAAAUUAAAUUUGUUUUUUGCUGCUGUGCUGCGAUCUCAAUCUCAUCAGGUUUUCGUAAAAUUUCAAUAAAUUCAGUAAAGUUUCAAAGUUUAUAAAAACAAACUUUAGUAAAUACAAGAAAGGCAAAAAAACAAUUUGCAGUUUUGUUUCCUGUGUACAAAAAAUGGGUGUAACCAUUCUACAACCGUACCCAGUCGAAAAUAAAUCCGGCGCGCAAACAAUCGAGUUUCUAGUUAAACGCGUCCUUGCUCUUGGUGCCAUUCAGACUGGCCAUUUCCUGGUGGACUGUGAAACCUACACUUCCAUUCCGCAGAUCGGUGCCACCAAAACUGUACACAUUCUACACAACUCCGAGCAACCGGCAUCGGUAUUUUCCAUCCUGGACACCGGCACCAAGCAGAUUCCGCUCGUAACGGAUGGGUUGUUCGAUCUGCUGAUGACACGAAUCUCGCCGGUGUACACCUCGAAGAAGCAAACCAAAAUCGAAUCCAAAGGACCUCGCUUCGAGUUUGGUGACUUUCUCAUCAAGUUGGGAAGCGUUACCAUGAGCCAAAACUUCAAGGGAGUUCUGGUCGAGGUUGAGUACCGGCCUUGCCUGGUGGCAUCGAGCUGCUGGCAAUUGAUGCUGGAGUUUCUUCAGGGCUUCCUGGGUUCGAACGUCUCAAACACAAUUCCUUCCUAUUUCUCCCAGCGGAUCAAUAUCAACUCCAAUCACACGAAAGCGAACGACAUUUACCAGCCGAUCGAUACCAUCAAUCAGUAUUUGGAGCAUUUUACCAACUAUCGGAAGCAGACCACGCCAGUUGUGGCACCGAGAGUGUGAGUUGGUAAGUUUGCGCUACAUCUUAAUGUAAGUUUUGGAUAUUUUUGCUCAUAAUAUAAGUACAAAAUAGGCACAAAAGAGAGAACUUAAUUACGAUGACUUUCUUCCGUUUCCGUCUACUGUUAUAACGCAGGAAUGUGAACAUAUCUAGGCUAUGGCCAGUGUUCUUUUCAGAU